CUCUAUGAUAUUUUGUUUUGACAUUGACAUAUUUUGAGAUUUUGGAUUUCAGUCAAAGGCAAAAAAUAAAUAAAUAAAAUGACGAUUUUUAUUGACUAACAGCCUUUUCCGUUCUAAUCUAAGUGCUCAUUAAUACUAAAACAUUUUCAGUCUAUACCUAGAUGCUGCUCAGUGCCAACCUUAGUAAUUACGCCAACAAUUGAUGCAAUCUGAGACACAAUGGAGUCUUUAUCCAAGCAAGAAUUAAUAUCAACAAUAACUAAACAAGCCGAUCAAAUCAAGCGCUACGAAACUCGUCUUCGAGAUGUAGUUGCAGCAUACAAAGGUUUAGCUAAAGAGAAGGAAGCUUUGGAGAUCAGUUUGAAAGCUCUAAACAAGACUGAAAGUACACCUGAAGGAGGUGGAGAUUCAGUGGCAGCACUCACACUGUCACUGGCAACAUUAACAGCGGAGAAGACCAGACUUGAAGAAGCUUUCCAAGCUGAUAAGAAAGUCACAAGAGACAAGUAUGAAAGUGUUAUAGCGGCAAUGAAAGAGGAGACCAGAAGUUUAGUGCAACAGCACUUGGCAGAAGUAAGCAAUUUAAAAGCAAAAAUCUCCUAUGAGAUCCAGGAGCGAGAGAAAGAGAGGGCAGAUAAUGCUGCCAUGCUAAAAGAACUGCACAUGAAGUUUAAUGUAGAGAGGAAAAGCAAGGAAAAACUAGAAGGCCAACAUGUCACGAGCUCUGAAUCGAAUGCGACCACAGCAGAGCUAGAGAAGCGCGUGCGAGACCUGACCAAUGAGCUACAGGCGGCGGCGCGGCGACUGGCGCGGAGCGAGGCGCGCGCCGCCGAGACCCCGCCGCUAUUAGUGCGCCUGCAACACAAGAUGGCACUGAUUGAGCAGACGCACUCGGUCGCUAUACGUGAGGAGCAAAUAAAAGCGAAACGCGCGGAAGAGGCGGCGCGCAAGGCGUGCGCGAGGCAAGAAGAAAGAGUAUCCGUGUUAGAAGGACGGGUGGCGGAACUGUCGGCGGCUAUAGGCGAAUACGACGCGAGGUGCAGACAAGACGAGAGGCUGAUACACACGCUGAAAGAGUCCUUGCAAGCGCAGAUGAGUGCCUCUGUGCAGGGCAGCGAAAGAAGCUAUGAUGAGGCUACACAGAAAAGCGAAACGGACAACGAAAAGCUGGCAGACAGCGAAUAUAUACAGACACUAAUAGACAAAAUACACAUUCUCAAAAAGGAACUUAUAGCUGAAAAUGAAAAACUCGGAUUCCCAAUAGAUAUAGAAAAUAUAUUCAAACUUGAAGGGUAUGAAAACGUCCAUUUCAAAUGUAAUGAAGAAUAUGAAAAACUUAGACAUGAAUUUGAAACCUUCAAAAAGCAGAAUAAGAGGGAAAGUCGUGGUGAAGUCAAAGAUGAAUUUGAAGUAAAUGAACUAAAGUUUGAAAUACAAACGUUAAAAGAGAAAUUGGAGGAAUACAGCGUCAUUAUUGAAGAAGAAAAACAAGACAAGGCUGACGCCCUGAAGCUGUAUGAAGAGAAACUAAAACACGAGCAAGACUACCACACCGAGAUCACCAGCGACCUGCGCGGGCGCAUCUCCCGGCUCGAGGCGCAGCUGUCGGCGCAGCGCGCGCGCCACUCCGCGCUGCUGGACGAGGCCGACAGCCUGCUGCGCUGCCGGCGGCCGAGUCGGGAGGAGCAUGCGCUGCCCAAGGAUGUGACGUCACCCCCGCAUAUGCUUCACUAUGCGCAGGAGCUGGCGAGGAAAGACUUGGACAUAUCUCAGCUGAGGAAAGACAAACAUUUGUUGGAAGGACAACUCAGAGAUAGUCAACGUGAAUCUACAAUAGAAAAAGAGCGGUUUAAAGAAGUUGUCAGGACACUAAAAGAGGAAAUUGAAAGAUUACGUCGCAUCCAGUCAAGAGAAGGAGCUAACCUAGAAUACCUGAAGAACGUAGUGAUGGCCUAUCUAAGAUCUACCGACUACGCUGGUCGUAAACACAUGCUGAAUGCCAUAGCAGCUGUGCUACACUUCACGAAAGCUGAGAGAAAAGAGGUGUUCGCGACGUUGUAG